AUGUCUGGAUUCUCUUCUCCAGAGGGUGCAGGCCUGAGCAAAACUGAGGAGCAGCAGCAGGAGGAAAGGCCUGAGAACUUGGAGCCACAGGGGCCUUUACCGAGUAGGUCGGAAGAGAGAGUUUUCCAGAGUCCUGAGCAGGAAGAAACUUGCCAGAGGCAGCGCAGGUCGCUGAGACUGCAGCGGAUCUCACCGAGGAAUGAGCCAGAUGCCCCAAGGGACUGUGAAAGGGGUGGCCAGGAACCUCCGAGGCUCCCUGUGCAGGAGAGACCGAAGACGAGCCAGAGCCCACCUACGUGUGAACUCAGCUUCAAGGGAGAGAGAGACCUUAGCACAGACAAGUGCAGUGUCCACAAGAUAAAGGAUCCACACCAGUGCCAAGUGUGUGGGAAGUGCUUCCGGCUACGGCAGGACCUCAGGAGGCACCAGAGGAUCCACACGGGGGAGAAGCCCUACCUCUGCCUUUACUGUGGGAAGAGGUUCAGCCAGACUGCCAAUCUCUGCACCCACAAGAAGAUGCACAGAGGGGAGCGGCCGUACCCCUGCACCACCUGUGGCAAGAGCUUCCGGCAGAAGCAGCAGCUGGUGUCACACAGCCGGAUCCACACGGGAGAGCGGCCCUACCCCUGCACGCAGUGCGCCAAGAGCUUCCGCUGUAAGCAGGGGCUCAGGGUCCACCAGAAAACCCACGUGGGAGAGGGAGGCUCUGAGGGGAGCCAGGCCAAAGGGCGGGUCUUCACCUGCCCCAAGUGCAAGGCUGUCUUCACUCACAGGCACGACUUCCUCGUGCACCGGCGAGCGCACGCCGCCAGCGAGCAGCCCUACCAGUGUGCCGACUGCGGGAGGUGCUUCAGACAGCGGCAGCAGCUGAUUCCGCACCGCCGGAUCCACACCGGGGAGCGACCCUACAGCUGCCCUCUCUGUGGGAAGAGCUUCCGGCGCAGGCAGGAGCUGACCACGCACCAGAGAAUCCACACGGACGAGAGGCCCUUCCGCUGCCCCGAGUGCCCGCGCAGCUUCAGGGAGAAGCAGAAGCUGAAGAGACACCAGAGAAUCCACACAGACGAGAGGCCCUACGCCUGCCCAGAGUGCGAGCAAUGCUUCCGGCAGAAGCAGCAGAUGGUGUCUCACCUCCGGAUCCACACGGACGAGCGGCCCUACGCCUGCUCGGAGUGUGGGAAAUGCUUCCGGCGGAAAGACUCCCUCACCAAACACCAGAGAACCCACCAAAGGGCCCAGACAUAGGGCUUGUCUACACUACCACUUAAGUCAAUG